GUACGCAACGUGCAACCUUUGUCGCUUAGUGAACCAAAUGAGUUCAGUCAACAGAAGUCCCAAUGGAAAUCGAUAAAACAUUAUCUUAAACAUGCUAGCUUGCUUAAACGAAUAAAGCAGUGUUUAGUUCUCGUAAGCAGCUAAAUAACGGUACCUGCUCCUCCUGGUGGUAAGCUAUCAUGCCAGACUGGCUCAGUCUGUGUGUGCUCUUUAGCCUGUUAAGUCUGUUAACUGUGGCUGGUCUACUUUUAUAUUCCGGACUCCUCUGUGACAUUACUGUGCAAACUGGCUGUCCUCCCAUAAAAAAGAUCACCUUCGCCUAUAAGUUCAAAGAAGGACCUUACAAAGACUGCGGACAACUUUUCAAGGAGUCUCACUGUAUUGGUCCAGGACUCCCACAUAUCGGCGUGUUUUAUGAUGACCCCAGAAAGGUACCUGGAGCACUAUGCCGCUCUGCUGUCGGCAGUAUUCUGAGUGAAGGAGAAAACAAGGCCAACGAGGAGCUUCUAAAGCGCUAUGAGACAUCUGGUUUUAAUGUCUUUUCCUUUCCCGAAGUCACACAUGUGGUCACUACAUCGUUCCCCCACAGGACGUUUUUGUCUGUGCUCCUGGGAAUAUUGAGAGUCUACCCACGGCUAAACCACUACAUCAAGGAAAGGAGGCUGUGUGCACACCCAUUCCUUGAAAUCUACAGAGAAGGUCAGAUCCAGUUCAUGGCACCUUUGGCCCGGCAAGGAGAUUUUUAUGUACCUGAAGUCCGACCGGUAGAAAGGAGGCUUUCAGAACAAGAUGAGUCGCAUAGUGACACAGAUAUCUCAGGUGCAGACUCUAACAGUGAAUACAGCUCAGGGAGUGGGGUUCUCCUGUCAGACAGCAGAGAGACCUCACUGGCAGCAUCUUCGGUCCAUUCAGUGCCUAUCCGAGAUAAAGGGAACAGAAACUACAGAGGUAGAAGCUCUGGGGGAAGCUCAUUUAAAGAGCUGGACUGGGAGCAGACUGGUGGCCGGCAGGACGAGAGAGACGAGCAGCUUCAUGGAGACUCCAACCAGAAGAGCCUGGAGGCUCCCACUCAGGAGUGGUGGGGUGUGGUUGGAGGAGAGGAGUGAAAGGUCAGAGAGAUGUAUUAGCUCAGGAGGAGAGAAUAAAGGAAGAUGCAGUUGGGAAGCAAAAGUUGGCUGGUGAUGGUCAAUAUUUUUGCUACUGUCAACAAAUCUCAAGAAAAGAUUCAAGUCAACAGUGCAUUAGUAUAAUACCUUCAGACCUCUCCACUCUGGAAGCACAUUUUUUCAUACAGAAGAUGUUGAAAGUUGUGAAUAUAAUAUAGUUUUGUUUUUCUGAAAUGUUAAAUGAUUUACUAAACCAACUGAAUGUUGUAGUUUGUAAUCCUUUUCACUCAAUUUUGAGUAAACAGUGAAUUUGUUGGAGACAGCUUUUAGCCACAGAUCAAACCGCAUUUGGUGUUUUCAUGACAAUUUACUGCAUUCAGAAGAUGUACAGAAUGUGGCUCAAGCUCACUGUAAUGAAGGAACAUGUAACCAAGUGCAAAUCAAUGAAUAACAAAAGAGGUUUAGGAAUAUGCUAAGUCACACGUAAACUACACUGACAGGACUUGUUUCCAGGAUGAGUUUAUGUUUGCUUUUGAUCUUUUCAUGUGAUUUGUUAAAAAAUCUGUAAUACCAUAAGAUCAGUUCUUUUUUCUCUUAAUCACAGUUUUAAAGUGAAAAUGUUUAUAUGUUUCAAAAUCACUUUUGAUAACUGAAAAUGAUCCACUUGAAGGUACCCUGAAGUUCUUGAAACAUGUUUGCAAAAAUGAUGCUGUUCAAAAUGUAUGAGAUGACUGAAGUGAGUAUUUGUUAACCAAAACAUUUUACUUGAAUAUCUUCAGAUUUUUAUAUUUUAUCUUUCUAGCUGAAACGAUCAACGCUGUUUUGAGGAUGACCAAGUUGUUGAACAAGUUGUUGUUAUUUUGGUGUACUGAGUGAAACAUUAUCUUUAUACUGAACAAAGUACUGUGCAAAAGAUUUAAGUACUUCUAAAACAAUGCUGUAAGGAUUUUUCCAAAAAUAUGUGACACGUAAACAGAAAAGACCUCCCUCACAUGUUUUAAGAAAUCUAAAUUGGUGCACUGCUCUUCAAACCAUAGCAGUUCUCCAGGUACUGUCAGGUAUUUCUUCAAAUCCUUUUUGAGAAUUUUCCACAGUUCAUCUGUGGAUUUAGGCUUUCUCAGUUACUGCUGGCUUCUCAUGUAAUCCCAUACCGACUCCAUGAUGUCGUCAUUCUGCCAAAGAAUUCAGGAUUUAUCAAAUGCUUUCCUGAUACGUGCUGGAUAAGAAUUAUCUCUACUACUUGGCAUUGAUGAAACAUCAAUUCACACCAAAUUGCCAUCUCCCAUUUGUAGAAAUGUUGAACGAAACCAACCAAAACAGUCAUACCUGUAGCGUUCUCCAGCCAUUUGCUGAAAAGUUGCCCUCUGUUAGAGCACCAGCUGUCAGUUUUCUGCACCCCAGUGUUUUCAUUUUCAUACUCAGUUCCGUUUGAAACUUUCACAUUUUCAACAAGCUCACAUUUAUAGUGAGGCUGUUCCGAAAUGUUUUUGUGAAACAUCUGAAGUGCCUAAAACAUUUGCACAGCACUGUGCAUGCAGGGAAUACAAUUGAUUUUAACUGUAUUUUAUGACUUUUCUUUUUUUUUGUACAAAGGGCUGCAAUUUCAUCUAGUAAUAACUGACACAGGACAUUGAGAUGACUUGACUUCACAGAGUGAUCAGUAUUGUUUUUUGAACAAUUUCUUUUGCUGUGUUAUUUGUUUUUCUACUGGGCUGUGUGCUGUAGCUUUUACUGAUGAUAUGCAUAUUUUAAAUGAAAAUAUACUUCACUUCCAAAGAUAAUGGUGUGAAUGAAUGCAGUUACCUUCUUCCUGUCGUCCUCUGGCCACCUCUGAGACUGACUGUGACAAGUUUGUGGCAAAGACAAGUGGAUUGACCAUUAACAUUCGUUUCACUGUGACAAAAAGUAAAGCGCUGUGACUUAUAUCUGGCCCCUAGCAUCCUCAAAUUAUUUUUCACAUAACCAUUCUUGGCUUUUUCAUUUUCUCUGUGGCCCUCAAAUUCUUUUGUUUUACUUUCUCAAGGUUUCUCCCAUCUGGUGUCUCUUUGCACAGACUAAUUUCUGUUUGUUAUUUUCCUCUCGUUCCCUGUGAAAUAAAAAUGGCAGCUGCAGCCUGAAAGGCCACCUGA